CAGACCCCCUGUGUGAAUUGGACUGUGAUAAAUGAAACGAAACUGUUAAAGGUUUAGGUUUUUCCUUUUUUCGCAAUUCUCAAAGCUUCUUUAAGCUUGAAACUGAUAAAAUUUUGAUCAUAAGUGUUCAAGUUGUUGAUUUGCAUCAUGAGUGCAUUACCAGACAUCGACAAGAUCGACGACAUCUCGGAGAUGGCAAGCACAAUGGCGACACUAAAAAUUUCGUCCAAAGGGCUGAAAACGUUGGACCAAAUGAAAGCAAAAGUGAAAGAGACACUCCAGUCGUCAGAGAAGAAGUCAAGUUGGACGGCAAAGGAGGCCUUUUCAGUGUUGACGGAGGCAAAGAAAGAAGACGAGAGAAAACGAGCAACCUUGCUCAAUUUCUACGAACGCACGGAUGUUUGCUUGCAAAGUAUGGAUGGAAAAGUUCAUGCCCUUUUGGAACAGAACAUCGGAAACCUCAAGGAAAAAAUCGCUUCCCACAAACAAAAUCUGCUGAAAAAAGAGUACAUUGUUCUUGUUGCAGGCGAAACAAGUUCAGGAAAGAGCACUUUGUUAAAUCUUAUCCUUGGAGAGCAGCUUCUUCCUUACUCCUUUCUGAGUACCACAUCCACCAUCUGUGAACUAAGAUAUGGAGAUACACCAAAGCUGGUGGCGCACUUUAAAAACAAAGAAUUAGGGGAUACCACAAAGACUGUCGUCUUAGACGAGCCAUCUGAAGCCUCCGAGCAGAGUUACCUUCAACAGAUUUCCGAAUUCGUCCACCUAAAGACUAACAGAGAAAAGGGCUCAGAUUACGAAAAGAUUGAGUUGUUUUGGCCACACAAUCUGUUGAAGGAAAAUAUCGUAAUAGUCGACAGUCCAGGAAUUGGCGAAUCUACCAUCAUGGAUGACAUAGUUAAGGAGUACCUUCCAGAGGCUUUCGCAUUUAUUUACGUCAUCAAAAGUGACAACGCCGGUGGAAUACAGCGAGAUAGGGUGGAAAAACUUAUCGAACACGCCAGACAGGUAUCUCUUGACAAACAAAGGGAAUCUUCCUCAAAUUGUGCCCUAUUCGUUUGCAACAAGUGGGACCAGGUGCCGCCAGAAGAAACUGAUGAAGUUAAGAACUAUGUCGUGACGAAACUCACGCAGUGCUGGCCUUCUUUAGAUCCAGAAUCUCAGAUCAUUUAUAUGUCAGCAAGAGAAGCCAUUGAAGCUCAGAAGCUUGGAAUGGUCACGAAAGAGUUUGCUAAACUAAUGAAAAGUAUUAAGUCCAUGGUUUUGAAAAGUAUUGAAGCAAGACUAGAGAUUCAGUGGAGGUGGCUUGACUAUCUUCUUGCACGUAUGGCCCUCCACACGAAAGCGUUCAUUCGAAAUUCGUCCAAAGAUCGUAAAAAUAUGAUAGAUAGGAUGAUGUUUAUCACUAACCGACUCCAAAGUAUUGAGAGGCAGCAAGGCACAGUAAGCAAAGAGCUGCAGUCGUUCCUCGAAAAAAAGACAGACGACGCUGUGACUAAACUGUCCAGAUACCUCAAGUCUGCAGAGGUUAUGCAGCAGUUUUCUUCGUGGACAUUAGAUGACGCUCCAAAGACUGAAGAAAGCUGGGAACUGACUAAGAGUUAUAUCCAAAAGGCGCUGAUGAAUCGACUUCAAGAAACGAUAGAAGAAUGGGAAGAAAAGAACCAUGUCUUUUCCGAUGCUCGCGCCUCUUUGAUUCCAUACUUUCAGGAGAGGUUCAGCUACGUCGUGGGUCAACUUCGAACGCUGGAGGAAUCUGUCCUAGCCGGAGAUGCUGCCAGCUCAGCAGGUGGCCCGCUGGCAUCGGAUGACUUUAACGUCGCCGAAAAAGUCAUCAUCGGGGUCACAAGUCCAAUUUGGGUUCCAGUUGGUCUGGUUGUCCUGGUGGUCAGUGUCCCGGUAGUUGGCGCCAUAGCAGUUAAAGAGAAGUUGGAAAACUGGAAUAAAACAAGACAGUACAACAAAGAUAAGUGUGCCUUUAUGGUAAAAGCUUCCCAAGAAUAUCUGAAUGAAGCAGCAAAAGAACAGCAUCUAAAGUUAUUCGUGAUGGAACAGCUUAAAGAAGCUCAGGUUUGUCUUAAGCAGGUCUUAGAUCGGAUCCCUCAGCUCAUAGAAGCGGACAAAAUGCUGUGUCAACAGUUGAGAGAUGAGAACCGUUCUAAGAAGGAAGUAGAAGACUUCUACAAACCGUUACAAGAGAUGAGUGUGCUAAUAAGGGAUGAGAUGGCCCUGUUUGGCAUCAAAGAGGUCCGCAAAAUGGACUUUAGCUGCGACGAUCUGGAGUGGAAAGACGAUGCACUCCUUGGAGGUGGAGCGUUCGCUGCUGUUUAUCGAGGAAAAUUGAAGAUACGAGGAGACGAUAAAUCCGUUGAUGUUGCUGUGAAAGUGUGGAACGACGAACUCGAAGUUACUGUUAGUAACUUCCUUUCUGAAUCAGAGAUUCUU